AUCAUUUUAAGGGAUUAAUAAGUCUCGCGUGAGACCAAUGUAUAAAGUCCACGCUUUUCUUUAAAAAGAUUUACCUAGUUUCUGAGUUUGUACUACACUUAAAGACGAAAAAUGACUGAAUUUGUCGGAAAGACAAUCACCUGCAAGGCUGCUGUGGCCUGGGAGGCAAAGAAACCACUCGUUAUUGAGACUGUGGAGGUGGCACCACCAAAAGCAGGAGAAGUCCGAAUCAAGAUCCUGGCUACUGGAGUCUGUCACACAGAUGCCUACACGCUGGAUGGAUUUGAUCCUGAAGGUCUCUUCCCGGUGGUCCUGGGUCAUGAAGGUGGUGGAAUUGUCGAGAGUGUUGGUCCAGGUGUCACCUCUGUGAAAAUAGGUGAUCAUGUGAUACCACUGUACAUUCCACAGUGCUACGAGUGCAAGUUCUGCAAAAGUGCAAAGACCAACCUUUGCUCUAAAAUUCGGUCGACUCAAGGAGCUGGGUUCAUGCCAGAUGGGACAUCUCGUUUUACAUGCAAAGGGAAACAACUCUUCCAUUUCAUGGGGACGAGCACGUUUUCUGAAUACACAGUGGUGGCAGAGAUUUCUGUUGCUAAGGUUGACCCGAGUGCUCCUCUGGACAAAGUUUGUCUCCUGGGCUGUGGAAUAUCAACAGGCUAUGGUGCUGCUCUUAAUACUGCCAAGGUUGAAGCUGGCUCAACCUGUGGGGUGUGGGGACUGGGAGCGGUCGGACUGGCGGUCAUUAUGGGCUGCAAGAAGGCAGGAGCCUCGAGAAUCAUCGGCAUCGAUAUCAAUCCGGAUAAGUUCGAAAUAGCCAAGCAGUUUGGAGCCACCGAAAUGGUGAACCCUAAAGAACACGACCGUCCCGUACAGCAGGUCCUGGUUGACAUCACGGACGGCGGACUUGACUACACGUUCGAAUGUAUCGGAAAUGUUGCUACCAUGAGAGCUGCACUGGAAGCGUGUCACAAGGGCUGGGGGGUGUCAACCAUCAUAGGAGUGGCUGGAGCUGGGCAGGAAAUCUCGACUAGGCCAUUCCAGCUGGUCACUGGACGUGUGUGGAAAGGAUCUGCAUUUGGAGGGUGGAAAAGCCGAGAGAGUGUUCCCAAACUUGUUCUCGACUACAUGAAAGGAGAUAUCAAGGUUGAUGAGUUUGUAAGCUUUACUUUGACUCUUGACAAAAUCAACGAGGCAUUUGACUUGAUGCACAGUGGCAAAAGCAUCCGCAGCAUUAUUUCCCUCUCCUGUUGCUAGCAACACAACUCUACAUUCAUUGAUUUACGCUGGCGACACACUCUACAUUCAUUGAUUUACGCUGAUUCAUGGUGAUGGCUUUGCAUGGUGGAAAGUUGAUCUUUAAGGCCUAGAUGCAGACAGCAAAAUGUGCAUUUGUGUGAUUAUUAUCGAUAAUAAAAUUAAAAUAGUUAAGUUCUAUUAAUUUACUGAUUCAACGUACCGGUAUUUCUGCUGUGACUGUAAAAGCGACAAGACUCGAGUUUUUAAAUACUAUGGCACAUUUUUCACUAUUAAUCAUUUUUAGUAAUUAAAAUCAGUCAUUAAUUAAACUUUACUGUUUGGAACUUUAUGGAUGUGUAUGUAGCAAUGAUACUUGCAUUAUAUUGGAAUAGGGUAAAUAUCUACAAGGUCUAGCUGUUUGAAAUGUCUGCUCACAAUAAAGUUAUUAUAUCCUAUUUGAUUUAAAUUAUCAUUAUAUUGGAAUAGGGUAAAUAUCUACAAGGUCUAGCUGUUUGAAAUGUCUACUCACAAUAAAGUUAUUAUAUCCUAUUUGAUUUAAAUUAUCAUUAAAUGAUGUAUAAUAGUAACCAAAUGUGACAAAUGAUACCCACUGGUCUGGAUCCAGAAACAGGACGAAUGUAUUCAUAACGAGGCUUUUUGUUUUAUUGUAUUACUGUUUGCUAAUGUGUAUUAAAGAAAUCUUGAUUAUC